AUGUCGUCGACGAUCACACUCACUGAAUCGACGGCUCCCAAGGUGGAUGCUCCCUUCGCUACAAUCGACACAGAUACCAAAUUCUGGCACGAUUACAUUACUUCUCGCCCUUCGCCUAGCGAAGACUUCUUUCAGCUGAUCAAUGAAUACCAUGACAGCCACGGCAACACUGGUCGCGGAAUUGCCCACGAUGUUGGUACCGGGCCCGGAAAUAUCGCCACGCGCCUCGCAAACUACUACAUUCGCAUCGUCGGAUCCGAUGUCAACGCCAAAGCUCUCGCCGCAGCUCCAACACUUAUCUCGGAGCCUAUGCUCUCGCGAAUGACAUUCGUUCAGAGUCCAGCAGAACAGCUGAGUAAUGGUGUUGUGCCUCAAGAAGUUGGCAACGGAAAGACAGAUCUUGUCGUUGUUAGCGAAUGCAUGCCGCUCUUGGAUCGGGUCAAAAGUCUCGAAGCAUUUCGUACGCUGUUGCGUCCUUCCGGCACGCUCGCCAUCUACUUCUACGGGAGACCGCUGUUCGCAGAUGGUGAAAACCGAGCAGAAUUGAACGAUUUGUACGACUGCAUUGCUACCCGAAUCUGUACAUUCCUGCUUCCUUUCAUUGGAUCUCCGGCUGAGGGUUUCCAUCUCCGUGCCGCAGAAACGAUGGGAAGCUGGAUGGACAACAUUGGAUUUGAUCCGCAGGAGUGGGAGUCUGUGCAGCGUCAUAAGUGGAACAGCAAUGUAGACUUGCUCUUCAACAGCCGCUCGGGCUACGACUUUGAAUUGAAGAGGGUCGAUCGCAGAGGAGAAGGAGAAACUACCGCCGAGAAAAUCAUCUCCCAAUACUGGCAACAUGAGUGGGAUGUGGAGGACAUUGCUAACUACCUCACGUCUGUGUAUCCCAACUACCGUGAGAAGGCUGGAGAGCGGUACUCGGACAUUGAGGUUAUGCUGUCUGAGUUGAAGAAGGCGAUGGGAGGGAAACGAAAAGUCACUUUCCCGGUAAGUUUGAUUCUAGCAACAAAGAAGGGGAACUAG